CACAGAAGAGCUUCUAGAAGCCAUGUGCUCCUGGAGGAAACGAGACAUAGCUGGAAAAGUUUCUUCCUUUUUUUAUUAGUCCUCUGCCAUUUCUUUAUCUAUCUGUGUGAAGCAGCUGCUCCUAUUUGGAGUCUGAACCACACCUUACUUGGAAACAGCAUUAGAACUGAAGUGAGCUUGAAAGAGAAGAAUCGUAAGAAAAUGUAUUGGAGGCAAAAUACCAGGUUUAUUUUAACAAUAACUCUGGUUUUGCAGAAUAUUAAUUUUGGAGAAGGCCUUAGAAAACAAGAUGACACUCAUGACACUGAAGGAAAUAUGGAUGCCAUCAUUCAAAAGCACAGCGCAAAAGAGCAAGCCACCACAUUAAAAGUCUUCAAUGUUAUGAAUCAGAGCUCUGAGUACAAAAAGCAGAUGAACUCUAAGCCAAUUGUACCUUUCACUGGCCUAACACAGAGUCGAACCCUGAACCGGCACUGCUGUGAAAAUGGAGGAACCUGUAUCCUGGGCAGUUUCUGUGCAUGUCCCAAACACUUUAUUGGCAGAUACUGUGAGCACGAUGAACGGAAAAGCAACUGUGGCCCAUUCGUGCAUGGAGAAUGGAUAUGGAAAGGUUGUCAGCUAUGUCGAUGUGGUUAUGGCAUUCUUCACUGUUUAUCUGAACAAAGACAAAACUGUGCUAUAAAUGAAGAAGAGGAGUUCUUCUAUUUAACCUCAAAUUGUCCAAGAUUACAGCAAACAAUAUGCUUUCUUAUUCUCCUACUAGGCUGCCUUUUCACAUUGUUUUGCACAAAGCUCUUCUAUCAACUGUGAAGCACUCACUUAUUUGGACUGGAAAUCAUGCAGGGAUCUGCACAAUGUGAGAAGGCUAGAAACAAAGACUGUUGCUUUUCCACUAUUUAUUUACCUGUUUAACAGGAUUGCUUUAGGAUUUUUAUCUCUUUUCUUAAAAUUCCAGUUAUAUUUCUAUGGUAAAAUCACCCUGAAUUACCUCAUUUUAAUAGUGUUUACUAUAUAAUAUCAGGAAUAAAAGAAGCAGCUGUUUUGCUUGUAAGUAUUUAUACCAGACAUUAUCAUUCAACCUUUCCAUAUCUGCUGCCCUCUGGAUAGUUGAAUUUCAGCUGCCAUAUUAGCUAGGAGGUACAGAGUUGCAGUCCAAGACAUUUCAAGAGCACCGUAUUGAGAAUGCUUCUGUACCUAGUUGUAAACGAAUCUGCAUUAAGAAAAAGUAAAAUCUUAAAAUCAUCCAAUUAUAUACUAAAAACACCAGUGGCUGUUCAUAUAUUAGCUCUGUGUUAAACCAAGGUUAAGUUGUUAUUCUUGUUAAUCAAGACUAAGUAUAAUAUUGCACAAAUCACUGUCACAAGUCACUAAGUAUAAUAUUGCACAAAUACUACUUCUGUUUGAAUCAGAUUUAAGCAGUAUAAUACUUUAUCUGUUGCAGUAUUGACUCUUCCAGUGGAAGAAAACUUAUGUAUUCUAUGACAUUAAAAUAUUUUAAA